AUGGAGGGACAAAGGGAAGUAAUUGAGCCAAUUAGUCUGGCUAGAUACCCAAGGGAAGCAUAUAAAGCCUUGAAGACGGCCCCGGGAAGGCAGAAGGAGAGGGGCAAGGAGCCAGAGGCUCGGGAGGAACGCUCAAGACUCGAGGAGUGCUGCGGCUGCGGCAGCGGCAGGAGCAGCACUGUCCCGGCCGAGAAGGUGGGGGCAGAGCCGGCUCAAACAGGCAAGCCGGCAGCAAAGGAACCAGCGAAGGCUCAGGAAGCAGAGCCAGCUGGGGAGUCAACGACGACUGAAGCCGGAGAACCAGCAAAGAAACCAGUGAAGCAUCAGGAAGCAGAGCCAGCUGCGGAGCUGACGAGGACUCAAGCAGGAGAGCCAGCAGCAGAACCGACCUAUCUGAAGGUUCUUCGGGCUGGAAGAGUGGCGGCUUUUCUUGCACAGCAGAAUUGUCCACCUCACUGCAACCAUUACAAGACCCCUGCUGCAGCUGGACAGAGCACUUUGACAAGAUUCUGAAUAAAUA